AUGGCAACAUGAGCAAAUUUAGGACUUCAAAACAGUUCAUCCCCUUUAAUAGAACAAUUAAAUUUUUUUCAUGAUCAUACUUUAUUAAUUCUAAUUAUAAUUACAGUUAUAAUUGCAUAUAUUAUAUUUAUAUUAUUUUUUAACAAAUUUACAAAUCGAUAUUUAUUACACGGACAAACAAUUGAAAUUAUCUGAACAAUUUUACCCGCUAUUAUUUUAAUAUUUAUUGCCUUCCCUUCAUUACGACUAUUAUACUUAAUAGACGAAAUUAAUUCACCAUUAAUUACUUUAAAGGUUAUUGGUCACCAAUGAUAUUGAAGUUAUGAAUACUCAAAUUUUUUAAAUUUAGAAUUUGACUCUUAUAUAAUUCCUACCAACGAAUUAGAUUUAAAUGGAUUCCGUUUAUUAGAUGUUGAUAACCGAAUUAUUUUACCUAUAAAUAAUCAAAUUCGUAUUUUAGUUACAGCUACAGAUGUUCUUCAUUCCUGAACAGUCCCCUCUUUAGGAGUUAAAAUUGAUGCUACUCCAGGACGAUUAAACCAAACUAAUUUUUUAAUAAAUCAACCUGGAUUAUUCUUUGGUCAAUGCUCAGAAAUCUGUGGAGCAAAUCAUAGUUUUAUACCAAUUGUUGUUGAAAGAAUUCCUAUAAACUAUUUUAUCAAAUGAAUUUCUUCUCAAAUAAAUU